UCCAAAAUUAGAAAACAUUCCAAGAUGUCUGCUUCCAUGACUCUGGGGAGGAGUCUCUGUCAUACCCUCAGGAGGGUACCAAAGAUUCUGUCUGCCCCGAGGGUGAGAAGAUGUCUACGUUCUCGAGAAUUCAACACUACAUGCAAAUCAUUAACAUUGGAACGUGGCCAAGACUUUGGAGAAAUCCGUCCACCGGUAGAUCUUCUGUCUUCGGAGGAAACAAUGAUGAAAGAAUCAGUUGCCAAAGUAGCUAAAGAGGUCAUCCAACCCCUGGUAAGGAAGAUGGAUGCAGAAAGUCAAAUGGACAAAUCUGUUAUGGAUGCUUUGUUUCAAAAUGGGUUGAUGGGUGUAGAGAUUCCUGCUGAGUAUGGUGGUACCAAUGGGUCUUUCUUCAUGGCCAAUCUUGUGAUAGAGGAGCUGGCUAAAGUGGACGCAUCGGUCAGUGUCAUGUGCGAUGUACAAAACACGCUCAUCAACUCUCUCCUUCUAAAACUUGGUACCAAAGAACAAAAGGACAAGUACCUUCCCAGGCUCGCCACAGACACAAUUGGGAGUUUUUGCUUGUCCGAGACAGAAUCUGGAUCUGAUGCAUUUGCUAUGAAGAUGUCAGCCCUAAAACAAGGUGAUGUCUAUCUUCUGAAUGGAACGAAAAUUUGGAUCACUAAUGCGGAACAUGCUGGCCUGUUUUUAGUCAUGGCGAAUGCCAACCCUACAGCUGGUUACAAGGGAAUCACAACUUUCCUUGUAGACAGAGACGCAGAGGGACUUAGUAUCGGAAAGAAAGAGGACAAGUUGGGAAUACGCGCCUCUAGUACAUGUCCUGUACAUUUUGAUAAUGUCAAGGUCCCUGCCAGCAGUGUGUUGGGAGAAGUAGGACAUGGGUAUAAGUAUGCCAUAGAGAUCCUCAACGAAGGACGCAUAGGAAUCGGGUCACAGAUGUUAGGAUUAGCUGAAGGCUGUUUCAAUGCAACUGUACCCUACACACAGGAGAGAAAGCAAUUUGGAAAACGUAUCUGGGAUUUUCAGGCAAUGCAGCAUCAGAUAGCGUAUGUAGCCACGCAGAUUGAGGCUUGUCGUCUGCUCAUUUACAAUGCUGCCCGGAAGAAAGAGGCUGGUGAGCCUUUCAUAAAGGAGGCAGCUAUGGCCAAGUACUAUGCAUCAGAGGUUGCGGCAUUGACGACGACAAAAUGUCUGGAAUGGAUGGGAGGUGUGGGUUACACCAAGGACUACCCUAUAGAGAAGUACUACAGAGACUGUAAAAUAGGAACUAUUUAUGAAGGAACAUCCAACAUUCAACUAAACACGAUAGCUAAGUGUAUAGAGGCAGAGGGCAUCAAAUCAUGAAUUUAGCCUCCUCUGUACAGCUGAACAUCAGUCUUAAUCAUCAGCAACUCUUACAUGAUCUGUGGAAACAUUAAGAAUUGAGAAAAAGUUUACAACAUUUGGAAGAGCUACAAGCACAUUUUCCUAAUGUAUGUAUUAUCAUUGGAAAAACUGAGAUGAAGGCGACAAGGAAAAAGUUAUACACCAAAUUUUUCAAAAGGUGAUAACAUCUGUCUACAAUAAUAUUGCCCCAUCAUGCAACCCCUCCUUUUCAACAGAUAUCUCUUACCUCUGUGCUAUGGUCUUCACAUUGAGAUACAUGUAGUGAGUGAGUGAUGUGUUAGCACUAAUAGUUUUUGGAGACCAGACAGGAUUUUUCUUUUGUGUUGAAAAUCUGUUUCCGUGAAUGGAGAAUCUUGUGACCUCUGUACAUGUAGAUUGAUUGAUCCCUUACACAGACUUGUGAUUUCUGUGCACAGAUCCCUUGAACAAACAGGUGAAUUUCGAAGGACCGGAAUAUUAUAUACAACACAAUAUUUUCACUGUUAUGUUUGGGUGUUUGGUAUGUACUUUUUCUGUGAUAUUUUGACCACAUGAUCAUGAUAGAAAAAUAUUUCAUUAUUUUGUGCUUUUAUUUAUUAAUUAGUCUACUAAAACUAGGUUUGACUGUUUGGAAAAGAACAGCAGUGAUGCAGAUGUAAUGUCGGCCAAUCUAAUAUUGAUGGAUUGAACAAUUUAGCCGACAUGUUUUGGUCUGCUGGCCUGUGGCCAUUUUAUACAUAUGGUAGUUUGUUACGUUAAGAUUACAGAGAUUUUUUUCCAGUGGUUCUGGGUUUAUAUAGCCUGCAGUGAAAAACUAACUUUACUGGUUUUCUCUAUAUAGAAGUUUGAAAUAUUCUGUUUUUGCAGACAUAAAAGUGAUUUAUAUAGGUGUUCAAACACAUUUCUAUGGCUAUUGGUAUUUUUUAAGAUAUUAUAGUACUACUAGCAGAUGUAUAAAAUGGUUAAUAUUUGAUAAGAAAACAGUUUGCCUUUUUAUUGUCAACAUCAACAAAUUUAAUCAGUAUGACUUGUAAUAUGGAAUAUGACAGCAUGAUUUAGAAGUUUCAAAGCAGCAAUUAAUUACCUACAUAUUUUGUAAGCUAAGAGCAAAGUGAAUUUUUUUUCUGUACAAAACUAGAUCUUAUUUAAGUGUCUGUCAUUUUAUCUUCUGUUUCUAGUCUUUUGUCAAUUGCAUGUAUAUAUAGCUUUGUGCUUUUAACUAUUGAGUGGAUAAAAAGAGUUGGUGAUUAUUAAAUAUUAAAGAAUCUCAAAAUAGAUUUGUUUAUGUAUUGAGAAGUGUGUAUGUACACAAUAAUAUAUGAUACUCUGAAACUGAUGUACAAAUGUAUACAUCAUUUGUUAAAUUGUGACUUCUGUAUUGAAUAAACAAUAUACAAUGUACUAUCAUA